AAUGUAGUAUGCUUGUCAUGAUCACAUCACAACGUUUCAACGCAUAAUUUAAAUUGUUUUUCCCGCGACCUGGGUCACCUGGCGCCUCCUAUCCCUAACCACCUUCAUAUUGUUUCGUUGUGUCAACGCAUCGGAACGUUCUUCAACGUAAAGUUCAUUAAAAAAUAAAUAUUAUUAAAUUAGCAUGCCCCAUCGAGACAAAAAACGCUCAAGAUCACGUUCGAGAUCACGUGACAGGUCCAGAGAUAAGCAACACAAGAAGAGGAAAGACGAUGGAUACAGAGUUCCACAGGAUCAAAUAACUAACCUAACAAAUGUGGUUAACUCUCUCGUGCAAGAGAAAAGACGUACAACUAACUAAGUUAACACGUCUCAAGUGACUGCUCCAGAAACAAGGGAUAAAGAAAACACACCAUCGCCAGAGAAAAAUUCUCGGGAAGAAAUUGGCGUUGACAUACCUGAUGAUCCAGAGGAAGAAGAAGCAUGCAGAGGAAGAAGAAGGGGAAAAAAUCACGGAAACCGCGCCAAAUGAAACAGUUCUGAAAGCAUUUGGACUAAAUGCGGAAGACACACCAUUUAAAGAGGUCAAACAUAAUCCAGCAUUGAUCAGCUCCUGGGGAAAAUGGAGUAAGCAAGGACUCCCAGAAGAAAAGAAAAAAGAAAUCUUGGAGCAGUACGAUCGAAAAGGUGAGCUGUACUGUGAGGCCCCGAAAAUAAAUUUGGAAUUGACCCCUCUUCUCACCGAAAUAGCAAAAAAGAGAGAUGAUCACUUUCUCCAUACACAAAACUGUGUUGGAACUGCCCUGUCUAGCUUAGGGGCUGCUAUUUCUAUGAUGAUUGAUCCACCUGAGGAGGGAAUCAGAGAAGAGGUAUUCACUGAUUUGCUGAGUCAUACGGGUCAGAUUCUAGCAGAUAUUUUCCAUCAGCAGAGGGUAGCUCGUAGGUCGUUCAUUACUCCUCUUUUCAACAAGAGUAUCAAGUCGACAGUGGAUUCAUUGGGCUCCGAUGAAUGGCUGUACAGCGCGGCACUUAGAGACAAGGUGAAGGAUGCCAAGGACAUGGAAAAAAUCUGCUCCGAGAUUAAGGAAAAACCAAAGGCCCCUCUUAAAAAACCGAAUCAGGGAAAAUCGAGGUACCCGCCUGCGACACACAGACAGGCGGGUCAGCAACAGAAGCCUCGAUACAUGAGAUUCGGCAAGCCAGCACCACCCCCAGCACGAGCUGCGACACGGAGUCAAACCAAGCCACAGAGACGGACGUCGAGCCGAUCAUCACCCAGGAAAUAAA